AUGGAAAUGUCUGGUUGCUUGCAUGAUUGGACUGUUUUAACUCAAGCAUUGCUAGAAAGAUUUGGUCCUUUGGGGUAUGAUGACCCUAUGGAGGCUCUUUCUAAACUGAAACAGACCACUAGUGUCGAUGAUUAUAAGGAAAAAUAUGAGGCUUUGUCCAAUAGAGUAAGAGGAAUUGAUGAUCAAAAUAGGCUGAGUUGUUUUUUGGGAGGGUUGAAAAAUGAAAUCAGGCUUCCUGUUAGGAUGUUUAAGCCUCAAUCGUUGUUAGCAGCCUAUGGGUUGGCUAAGGUUCAGGAAGAACAUGUAUUAAAUGGGAGAAGAUUUAAGACUUAUAGUGGUUCUGGUGGAAAUUUUUCAAGCCUCGGCAUGCCACGGGGUGAGGGUUUUAAUAGCCACAAUUUAACCUUAGGAACUCCUAAAGCCAUAGUUUCUAUCCAGAAAAUUUCUCAGGCACAGAUGGAGGAUAGAAGGAAAAAGGGAUUAUGUUAUAAUUGUGAUGCGAAAUGGCAAUAUGGGCAUAAAUGCCAAAACCCUAAACUCUUUCUGUUGGAAGGAUUAGAUGAGUUAGAAGUGAGCCCUAACUUGGAAUUGGAGAAGGAGGAUUUGAUGGAGGUUAGCUAUGCUGAGGAGAAUCCAGAAAUCUCCUUGCAUGCUAUUACAGGCAGUCAACAUCCCAAAACUAUGAGACUUGUAGGUUGGAUUGGGAACUUGAAAAUCAUGAUUUUAGUGGACAGUGGCAGUACUCAUAACUUUGUAGAUUCUUCAGUUUGCAAGAAAGUUAGGAUGUCAAUAUGUAGUGAGCAGAGGAUUAAAGUGAAGGUGGCUAAUGGGGAAGAAGUUUUGAGUGAAGGAAAGUGCACUAAUCUGAAAAUUCAGCUUAAGGAAUUCUCUUUUCUAGCUGAAGCAUUUGUUAUUAUGUUAGCUGGUUGUGAUAUGGUUUUGGGAAUUCAGUGUGUGGAGGAUACAGAAACAGUACUUAAAGGGUCAGAAUUGGAAGGGUUGCUAGCUGAGGUUUCUGAUAUCUUUGCUGAACCUAAGGGUUUACCACCUCAUAGGUCUCAAGACCAUGCAAUUGUUUUGAAGUUAGAAGCUAAGCCAGUGUGUGUAAGGCCUUAUAGGAAGGCUGAUGGCUCUUGGCGGAUGUGUAUGGAUUAUAGAGCAUUAAACAAUGAAACAAUCAAGGAUAAGUUCCCUAUUCCUGUGAUUGAUGAGUUGUUGGAUGAAUUACAUGGCUCUAGGGUAUAUUCUAAGCUAGAUUUGAGGUCUGGCUACCAUCAGAUCAGAGUGAAGAAGGAAGAUAUACAUAAAACAGCAUUCAGAACACAUGAGGGUCACUAUGAGUUUUUGGUAAUGCCCUUUGGCUUAACCAAUGCACCAUCAACUUUUCAAAGUUUGAUGAAUGACAUCUUCAGGCCAUAUUUGAGGAAAUUUAUUUUGGUGUUUUUUGAUGAUAUCUUGGUUUACAGUCCUAACCUGAUUCUCCAUUUACAACAUCUGCAAGUUACCUUAGAAAUUUUGAGGUCUCAUCAGUUGCUUGCUAAGAGGAGUAAAUGUAGAUUUGGCUGUUCUGAAGUGGACUACUUAGGUCAUCUGAUUUCAGCUGAAGGAGUGAGGGCUGAUAGUAAGAAGUUGUCUGCCAUGGCAGAAUGGUCUAAACCUAAAUCCUUGAAAGCUUUAAGGGGAUUCUUAGGUUUUACAGGCUACUACAGGAAAUUUGUUAAGGGUUAUGGUUCCAUUGCAGCACCCUUAACUGAUUUGUUGAAAAAGAAUGAUUGGCAGUGGAAUGAAAUGGCUGAGAAAGCAUUUGAAGAUUUAAAAAAAAGCUGUGAAGGUACUGAGUGGGAACAUGGGACAUACAAAAUAUUCUGUGGUUCAAGGGGUACUGUUUUACAAGAAGAGGGUCUAUGUCACCGAGGCCUUGAAGAAUCAGGUUUUGCAUUUUAUUCAUGCAAGUCUCCUGGCAGGUUGACAAAGUAUUCUCACUUUAUACCUCUCAAACACCCUUAUACAGCAGAGAAAUUAGCUCUAAUUUUUAUGAGUCAGAUAUUCAAGCUUCAUGGAAUGCCUCAGUCCAUCAUUUCAAAUCGAGACUCCACUUUUACAAGUAGGUUUUGGACUGAAGUUUUUAAGCUGGAGGGGGUAUUCUUAGCUUUCAGUACUGCUUACCAUCCUCAAUCUGAUGGGCAGUCUGAAGCAGUCAACAAGUAUGUGGAAAAUUACUUACGUUGUAUGGUUUGUGAUAGACUAAAGGAGUGGGUUACUUGGCUGGAUUUAGCAGAAUAUUGCUACAACACUUCAUUUCAUCACUCUACUCGAGUGACACCCUUUGAGGCUCUCUACGGUUACUUACCACCCAGGCUGCUGACCUACAUGCCAGGAACAACUAAGAUAGCUGCUGUGGAAGACCAGCUUCAGACGAGGGAUCACUUGCUGCAACUUUUAAAAGAGAACAUACAGAGAAGUCAAGACCGCAUGAAAAGAUAUGCUGAUUUGAAAAGAACUGAAAGGAGUUUUCAAGAGGGAGAUUGGGUGUAUUUGAGGUUGCAGCCAUACAGACAAUUAUCUCUUAAGUUGAAGUUGGGAAGAUCAAUCAUUCCAAUUUCACACUUACCUCCAGUUGAUGCGCAGGGGAUCAUCAAACCAGAGCCAGAGGAAAUCUUGAACCGCAGAUCACGGAAGAUUCACAAUCGCGCGGUGGUGGAAUUACUGGUGCGUUGGCAGGGACAGCUUCCAGAAUAA